ACCGGACAGUCCGCGAUCCGCGCACCGACAAACCGGCACCGAGCGCCCGCUGCGGAGGGAGAGAGGAGCGAGUGACGGGAGAGAGGAGGAGAAAUAAGACGAGAGAGAAAAAAGAGGAGGAAAAAGUGGAAGAAAAGAGGAGAAAGAGACGCACAAGUGUUUUUUUUUUCCCCCCCAACUGGAGCGAGGAGCAGGAGGAGAAAGUGCGAGAGGAAGAGAGGAGGAGAGUGCGCCUCCGCCACCGACACCUCCAUGUCGCUCCCCGGCUCCCCUCCGCUGCUCACGCCGGGUUCGGGCACCCAAACUCCGGUCGCGCUCUACCGCUCGGCCCCCGACGCGCUCCACACCUCGGUGGCCUCCAGCGGCACCUCCAGCCCGCACGCCAACUCCCACCCGCUGUCCCCGUCCCCGCGGCUCACCAGCACCAUGCUCAGCGCCUUCCUGCCCGGAGCAGGGGGCGCCUUGGCCGGCCUGGGCAACGGCGGCGCGGCCCCGCUGGUGUCCGGUCCUCUCGGCGGGCUCGGCUCGCUCAGCUCGGCCGGCCUGACCCCCGGCUCCCCCGGCUUGGCGCAGACCUCGUCCGGCCCGGGUCUGUGCAGCGAGUGCAAGCUGGUGGAGGUGCACGGAGUGAAGGUGGCCAGCUUCGGCGUGGACGGCCAGGAGCUGAUCUGCCUCCCGCAGGUGUUCGACCUGUUCCUGAAGCACCUGGUGGGGGGGCUGCACACCGUCUACACCAAGCUCAAGCGCCUGGACAUCGCGCCGGUGGUGUGCACCGUGGAGCAGGUGCGCGUCCUGCGGGGGCUCGGCGCCAUCCAGCCCGGAGUGAACCGCUGCAAGCUGAUCUCCAGGCGGGACUUCGAGACCCUGUACCAGGACUGCACCAGCGCCAGCUCUCGUCCGGGCCGUCCUCCGAAGCGUUGUUCUGGUGCAGGGAUCCAGGAAAGCCCCAGGCUGCUGCACCCGGGCCUCCCCGGCCUUCUGUCCCCCAACCUGCUGUCACACACCGGCCUGACAGCAGCAGCCAUGGCCGAGCUCCAGAAGCUUCACAAGAUGAAGAUGAUGAUGAGUCUCCAGAACGGCAACGAGUCGGACAACGACGACAUGCACUCCAACACAGGAGGCAGCGAGUGUUCCUGGGAUAAGGAGCGUCUCACCAGCCCCCCUGCUGGAGCCCACAGUGGAGGAGGAGCAGGGGGAGGGGGGGGCGGAGGACCACAGGUCGGAAUGGUGGGAGGAGGAGGAGGAGGAGCGAUGGCAGGUGGAGGGAGGGGGCCGGCCAUCGGAGCGGUCAAUCAGCAACAACUCCAACAGCAGCAACAGCUACUGGCUAACAUCUUUUGUCCUCACUCUCCAGGGUUGGACCUGCCCUUCAUGAUGAUGCCCCACCCUCUGCUGCCCAUGGGGUUGCCCCCUGCGUCCGUCGCCAUGGCGAUGUCACAGAUGAACCACCUCAACACCAUCGCCAACAUGGCCGCCGCAGCCCAGCAGAUCCACACUCAUGUCCACCGCGCACCUGUCAUCAAGGAGAGAGUGUGUGACAGCCCCUCUCUCUCUCCGUCUGUGGACGAGGCCAACACUCCUCUGCAGUCGCAGCCCAGCAGCUCGGCCUCCAGCUCGCCAGAAAGACUGGGACUAGUGUCAGCUGAUGCAGAUGUUGCACUCAGCAACCCUGCUGCAGCCAACAAGAAAAUAACAAAGGACAAAGAAGAGUCAUCGCUGGGACAAGCCCUGCCCCCCGGCUUCCCUGCUCCGUUCCUAUUCGCUGACGGUUUGUCGUCAGUGGAGACCCUGCUCACCAACAUACAGGGUCUGUUGAAGGUGGCGGUGGAGAACGCUCGGGUGCAGGACAAACAGAUCCAGGCGGAGAAGAGGGAGCUGAAGAUGGAGCUCUACAGGGAACGAGAGAUGAGGGAGAGUUUGGAGCGACAGCUCACCUCCGAACUGCAGAGCAGAGCCUCCAUCCAGAAGCGUCUGAAGAAGGAGAAGAAGGCAAAGAGGAAGCUGCAGGAGGCGCUGGAGUUUGAGUCCAAGAGGAGGGAGAGAGUGGAGGACGCUCUGAAACACUCGUCCUCAUCCUCCCCCUCUCCUGAGCCGCUUCACGCCGCCAACAACAACAUCAACGCCAAGAACAACGCUGCUGUAGCCGAGGAUAAACCUGAACUUAAUGGAAACCAGCAAGACAACAGUGCUGUACAAGAUUCCUUUGCAUUUUCGUUUUUUACCCAGAAUCCCGGCCGUUUCUGAAGACCCCCAUGAUGUUUUAGAGCGAGGAACUGCGCCUCUCGAAGCCCCGCCCCCUUACCACCAUCUCGCUCCCACCCCCUGCACAGAAGAACUCCACCAGCCCGUUUCCACAGCAACCACGGCUUCCACGACAGCAACGACCUCCCCCGGCGGGAUUCUAACUUUGCUACAAUGCGACAUUUUGAUGUCGCUAAGAAACAUUGAGACUACUAAGAGACACGCCCCUUAUCUGGACUCAUUUUGGGGCCGUCUCUCUCUCUCUCUCUCUCUUUUUCUCUCUUUCUUCUACUCUUCUUUUUAGACAAACUUCACUCCAUUCAUUCCUCUUUUCACUUCUCAUCCCUCGUUCAUUUUCAAAAAGUAAAAAUCGUUCCCAAGAAAAGUCACCACGGACUGGACUGAUCAACGCACGUCAUCGUGUUCGGACAUUGUGCGAAAAAAUGAACGACUUGAUUGGACGACUGAGACUCUCUAAUUGGUCGGAUCACAUCACGUGACUCACUGGACUGAACCAGGCUCUUUGCGAUCGGUGCUGACGAGAUAAGAAUGUUUCCAUGAAAAGAUGAAACUUUCUUUUUUGUUCUUCAAACCUCAAGUUUCAAACCCCCCCCCCGCCCGUUUGGAUUUGACGCGACUUCAGCCAUCGACACCCUCUGAUUGGACGGUAAUCAGCUCAUCGGAGGCGCUCAGGACGCAGGACGGAAAAGAGGGUUUAAGAA